UUCGUUGCACCAAAUCACAUUACUCGCUUUCACGUUCUCUUUCUCUUCUUCCCCGUUGUCUUACGAUGAAAGUUGUUUCAGAUGGCAUUGUUGUCGUGUUUGCGUUGUGCAUUGUACUUGGUUGUGGUUCGUUGGUAGUGGGGGAGGUGGCAGAGGUUAAGGAUGACAAGCAUUUGAUUCACCCCCCUCAUCUGUUGGGGCCUGGGAUUAUCAAGAGAGGGUUUAAGCACGGUGGACUUGGUUUUGGUGGCGGUUUAGGAGGAGGUGGUGGCUUUGGAGGUGGUGCCGGGGGAGGAGGUGGUCUUGGAGGAGGUGCAGGCGGCGGCGGCGGGUUUGGUGGAGGUGCUGGUGGAGGCCUUGGGGGUGGAGGUGGGCUCGGUGGUGGCGUAGGAGGCGGAGGUGGGUUGGGUCACGGUAUUGGUGGUGGUGGUGGUCUAGGAGGUGGAGGUGGGCUUGGUCACGGUGUCGGUGUCGGUGGUGGUGGCGGACUUGGUCAUGGUGGAGGCAUUGGAGGAGGAGCAGGUGGUGGUGGUGGCUUAGGAGGUGGAGGUGGGCUUGGUGGUGGUGGUGGUUUAGGAGGUGGAGGUGGGCUUGGUGGUGGUGGUGGAAUUGGUCACGGUAUUGGUGGUGGCAUUGGAGGAGGAGCAGGUGGUGGUGGUGGUCUAGGAGGUGGAGUUGGGCUUGGUCAUGGUGUUGGUGGCGGCAUUGGAGGAGGAGCAGGUGGUGGGCUUGGUCAUGGUGGUGGUUUGGGAGGUGGAGCAGGAGGCGGUGGUGGUUUGGGAGGUGGUGCAGGAGGCGGUGGUGGUUUGGGAGGUGGUGCAGGAGGCGGUGGUGGUUUAGGAGGUGGUGCUGGCAUUGGAGGGGGAGCGGGUGGUGGUUUAGGAGGUGGUGGUGGUGCUGGAGGAGGAGCUGGUGGUGGCGUUGGACUUGGUCAUGGUGUCGGAGGAGGCAUUGGAGGAGGAGCAGGUGGUGGUGUAGGAGGAGGCGGCGGAGCUGGCGGCGGAGGUGGGUUUGGUGGUGGAGGUGGGGUUGGAGGUGGUGUAGGUGCGGGAGGAGGGUUUGGAGCUGGAGGUGGAGUUGGAGGAGGGGUUGGAGGAGGAGGAGGUGGUGGAUUUGGUGGCGGCUUUGGAAUUAGUGGUGGAUUUGGUGGCGGCGGUGGUGCUGGAUUUGGUGGUGGAGUAGGGGGUGGCCACUAAGUAAAGAGUGUUGAUAAAAGCUGGUGUGCAAGAGUCACUGAAAUUGUUUUACCCAUUCAAUGUUUUCUGUUAAAGAAAAAACAGUUAAUGCUCAUAAGAUUUGAAUUAAGUUAUAUUUCAGUGGUUUCUACUCUUGUGUAUCAGAUGCUAUGCUGUAUACUUGUUUCUAUUUUAUUUUAUGCAUGGGAAGCAAAGCUUUGUAGGUUGUAACCAAUGAUGCAUAUUCUCACUACUAAUUUUUGCCAAUAAUAUUAUAAUUUUACGGCGGUGUUUGUUGAAUAAA